AUGGCCUCCCAUGUUGUGGUCAUCGAUGCCACCGCUCGAAGAACGCAAAUCAAGACAACCCCUGGGAAGCACCUGAGCGAGGUUCUCGAGGAGGCCUGCGCGAAGUUAGGUCUCAAUGCUGCUCAGUACGGCUUAAAACACAAUAAUAAGCAAGUCGACCUUUCCAAACCACUCCGCCUUUCAGGUCUCUCAUCUGGUGCGAAACUUGAGCUCGUCCAGCUAUCCAAAUCCGCCGGAGUUGUCUCGAUAGCCCUUCAACUACCAGAAUCGGAAGCAAGAGGUGUUCCCACUGCCAGACUCACGGACAAGUUUCCCAGUUCAACGACACUAUGGCAGCUACUCAGAAAAUUCGAGGCUGGAGUUGCUGGGAGUACAGACCCGCGGAACUUUACUGCUAGAGGAGUACCAUCAACCACCCAGGGUAAUUCGGGUGGGGGCAGAUUAUAUUACGAACAGCCGGUAAUUCAGAUCAUGAAUAGAGAAUUGGCAUCCUUCACAGACCUACAAAAGUCAUUAGCACAGUUGGGAUUCAACACUGGUUCCGCAUUGCUGAGGCUGAGUUUCCGCGCCACUCAGACUCCGCUCGAAGAGGCUAUGGUCGAGAUACAAGAGUACUUCACCUCUGUUGAGGGCGAAGGGCCAGCGGCUCCACCAUCACAACCACAGACAACUGCUCCUGCAACGGAACCGCAGCCUGCAGCAGUCACAACGCAACCAGAAUGGACGGAAGAUUUCCCUUCGCAGCCAGCUCUUCAAUCUCAGCCAGAAGAACCUGUCGCUUCUACCCCACUAUCACCGACUGCCACAUCAGCAACCGGUCGUCCGAUCUCUGUAUUCCGGCCCCCCACCGCAUCUACACCCUCAGCCGCCCUAAGAUCUCACAACGAAGCCGAUUACACGCCAACAGUUGAACAUGCACAAGUCCAUCAGAAACUGCUCCAGCAGAAUUCCAGGAAUAUCCGCCUGAAAACUGAAGCCGAGCUGACCGCUCAGGCUGAAGAGGAAGCUGCUAAAUGGGCAGCAGUAAAGGAUGUCGAGGUCAAAAUCCGCUUUCCAGAUCAAAGUACUGUUGUUACGCCCUUUAGCCAGCCGGACACUGCGGCAGACCUGUAUAAUUUUGUACGAGAGUGCCUGGAAGACCGAUGGCGGUCGGAAGUGUUCCUACUCCGAAAUCCAGGCAUUAGAGGAAAGAACGAGUUCAUUCCAGAUGAUAGUGGCAAGAGGCUGAUUAGAGACCUCCAGCUCAAAGGCCGAGUGCUUUUGACGUUCGCCUGGGACGAUCAGAAGGCCAGCGGUGGGGCGCGUAAUACCAAGUCUGUUCUCAAGGAGGAUUUGAGGAAGCGCGCCCAAGAACUGCAAGUACAAGACGUGACCAUGGUCGAUGUCGAGGAGAGAAAAGACCCUGGGGUCAAAAUCAAUGUGGGAAAGAUGGACACCGGUGGUUCUGAAGACGGUGGCCAGUCCAAAUCGAAGAUGCCUAAGUGGUUAAAAGGCCUGAGCAAGAAAUAG